AUGAUGGUGCCCAGAGCCUUCAUGUUUUCUUCGGCACGAGUCCAGAAGGAUUCGGUUCAGAAUGAAAAGAAGCCCGUGGCUGCCAGGACUGUGAUAAAUAGACAGAUGCCAACUCGACCUCUACUACCUACCCCUGUCAUGACUCCCUCCGUUGCCCUUACAGACUCGAUCACAGUCCCUCAUACGAGUCCUGUUAUCAUCCCACCGAAAGCGAGCACAGAGCGAAACAAUACCGGUGUUUAUGGCGAUAACAGAAAUGUCAGGACGGUACGCAGAGAUUCUGCGUCAUCACGACGAUCAUCCUCUACGCAGACCCAAGACCGCAACCUACCGCCAUCUUUGAGCACACUUCUCGAAACGACAGCUAUUCCUCGCCGAGGCAGAAGCAUCAGAGGCGCACGCAAGUUGCCUCGCGGAAACCAUGUCGAAGAGUUCAGUCGAUUCCUUAUGGAUGGAGUCAAAACACGGGACGAGUUUGCCAAUAUCGAUGGGGCAUUAAGCUCGCCGCUGGACGUUCUACUCAGCCCCCCAGACGAGCAUUAUGGCAGUAUACCGGUUUCUGUGAGCACCAGCAACACCGAAGUCGAGUCACCUCAGUUCAAACGCUCCAUGUCAACGGACUCGGUGCCCUCUUUGGAUCACGAUUUGAAUUCAUUUAUUACUUCCGGACCGAAUACUCCCUAUUCAUCAUCGCCUUCGCUUCAGAGACGAGCAUUCGAGAGACGGAAGCAACUGUCUCCGCCGCAGGAAUGUGCGACCGAUCAUCCCCUUCUCGACAUUGAUAUUGAAUCGUUCGACCCGUCUAAUUAUAUGCAAGAAAGCACGCCUGCUGUUGCCUCACCAGAGAACCGUUCGUUACGGAAUUUUCCGCGGCUUGGGUUCACGUUCAAAUCCAAUCUUACGGCUUCACUGAGGGCCAUCAAAUCUGCGGCUCAGACGGUGUCGAAUUUUGCAACACCUUCAGUUCGACCGGAUGAUUUCCUUACACGAUCUCUUUUUUCCAUUACUCCCGAGCUGACAGACGACCGGCGCCCACUUCCAUUGAGCGGGCCGCCUUCCCCUGCUCUUCGCCGCUAUCUCAAUCCGAUCACAUUGUCUCCUGCCGAGAUGCACGUCUACAGCGACCAUCCUCAUGACAAGUUGCAAGGACUGGACAACUGUCCCGUUUCGAUCCAGAUGCAAACAUACAACCAAUCCGGCUCAGGAGAUAACAAGAGCACAAACCAUCACGAGCUCCCAUCUUCCCGACAGCGAGAACCGCGCGAAAACAGCGAUUUCCUCCGCAUGAUCGUGCUGGAAAUGAACAUGCGCCGCAGCGGCAAACUACGCGAUGACGUCCCCACGCGCGCGAGAAUAUGGCUUCCUCCACGCAAAGCCGCGCGACUCAUUUCAGGAGACUACGAGGCAGGGCCGACCGUUCCUCAACGAUGGGUUGGGAUAUCGAUCGAGUGCAUCGGCACUUAG